AUGUCUUUAACUUUUUAUUUUUUGGAAUCGCUUAUGGAUUCGUACUGGAUAUAUUGUUGGGUUCGCAAAUGGUCGCAAAUGAUAAUUCUCCUUAUACGAUCUACUAUUUUACAUUAUUUAUCAGUUCCUGAAUGGAAAUUUAUAUCAAGUUCGACUAUCACAAAACCAAUACGAACUAAAGGAGCGAUCGUCAUUAAAUUUAAACUAUUUCAAGCCACGUUUCUUUUUAUAGGCUGUCAUCUUUCUCGUUUGUCUUAUGUGUUUUGGUUGGGUGAUAUGAAUUUUCGAUUAAUAAGUAGGAGACGGCUGGAUGAAAUAGUUAGACAUUUCGAUCAACCGUCAGGAGAAAUUAUGUUCACACAUCUAUUAAGUGAUGAUGAACUUACUAUAGGACGCAAUCAAGGCAUUUUUUUCAAAAACUUUCAAGAGCCUAUGAUAAGAUUUCCGCCAACUCAUAAAUUCAUCGUCAACUCUAAUGAAUAUGUUUGUAAUCGGAUUCCGUCUUAUACGGAUCGCAUUUUAUAUCACUGCAAAAAAAGUAAACAAAUAAAUUCGUUAAAAUACGAUAUAAUGUGGGAAGAGAACGCAUCAGAUCAUAAGCCAGUUUAUGGAUUAUUUGCGGUUACUACCUGGAUUUUCGAAAGGAUAUUUAUUUCUGUGGAAGUGAAACUUCAAGUGAAUCAAGUAGAAGGGCACUCCAAAAUGAAAUUAAAGAUACUAUCCAUAUUUCUACAAUUAUCCAUUACUGAAAUUUUGUUUAAGAGAUUUAACAAUGUUUGCUUAUCGGAUUUUUUAUAUAUUAGGGAAAAUUUUGAAAAAGUCCAACAAUAA